AUGUUACCGCCUAAUUAUGUUCCAUCCUUAUACAAUCCAUCAGACUAUAUCGGCUUAUUCAAUUACUUGACUAUUAGUAUUGGCGAUUUGCGAUAUAACAAAAGAAAUGGGGUGAAUUAUACUUCGGCUUUGUACAUUACAGGAAAUAUCUAUCAAAAUGGAACAAUUAUUGAUUUGAGUGUGCUGUCGGGUAUUACACCAGGAGCAGCUUCCGCUGGGAAAUUGAUUGCUGUUGAUUCAAAUAAGGACAUCACUAACAUUAAUGGUCUCUCAGCCUCGCAAUUAACUGGAACCCUUCAAACUGCAGCUCAACCAAAUAUCACCUCGCUUGGAACACUAUCAUCAACACUGAAUAUUGGUGGAUCUACUCCUAUAACUUGUAAUAACUCCCUAUCGAGCAGCACAUGCUCGUUAUCUGUUGAUUCUGUAUCUGGAGAUCAGACAUUUGGCAGUACAACAGCAAAUAAGUUUCAUUUGAGAACAAAUGGAAAUAGAAAAAUAACGAUAGGAUCCACAGGUUUAGUAGGCAUUAAUAAUACUGCUCCUGCUAAGCAAUUAGAUAUCAUUGGAUCAACCGCUUUGACAAAUGCGCUAUAUCAAAUUAGUGAUGGAACAGUUGUAUAUCAGCAGUGGUUCGAUGAGACUCAAUGUUGUCUUCAAACAUUUAGCAAUCAUCCGCUAACUUUUGCCACGAAUAAUGCUUCAGUGCAAAUGUCAAUUUUAACGAAUGGAAAUGUAGCUGUUAAUAACACAUCGACAGCUACGAAUAUAUCCGCUUCAACGUUAUAUGGAACACUUCAAACAGCCGCUCAGCCCAAUAUUACAUCGAUUGGAACUUUAGCGACUGUUACAGCUACAGCAAUUUUUGGAACGCUUCAAACCGCUGCUCAGCCUAAUCUCACAUCUCUUGGAACGUUAACUAGCUUAACAAGAAGUGGGACUAUCACUUCAAGUAGAACUACAAAUGGGCAAUCAUUCACUUCCACAAACGGAACAUCAACUUGUGUUUUGUUCCAUUUUAACAAUGGAGAUGCAUACUUUGGAACAACUACAGCAAACAAUUUAGUCUUUCAAACAAGUAAUACAGGAAGAAUGACAAUUAGUUCAUCUGGUGCAGUAUCUGGAAUUUCAUCGCUAAGUGCUACAACGUUAACUGGAACAUUAAGCACUACAUCACAGCCUAAUAUCACAACGACUGGAGAUUUAACACUACCGAGUUCGCUGACGAUAACAAAUGGAACUACUCCUUUAUCAAUUAAUAAUACAACCUCAUCGAGUACCUUUCGAUUAACGAUACAGAAUAGUGGUGGUGCUCAAGAUAUUGGUUCCUUUACAAGUCAUAGUUUCUUCUUAAAUACAAAUAAUACUCGAAGAUUGCAGUGCGAUACUUCUGGUAAUAUUGAUAUUUUAAACCACAACGCUUCUACGGUGGAAUUAAAACUUGGUGGAACAUUAAUUACAUCGUCAGCUACUGAAUUAAACUUCUUAUCUGGAGCGACUCCUGGGACAGCAGCUGCAAGUAAAGCUUUAGUGAUGGAUUCAAACAGAAGCAUCACGAAUAUUGCAAAAAUAAAUUAA